AUGUUAACCACUUUAAGACGAGGCACGUUAGCUCUUGCUAAGAGGCCAGCCGGGAUCGUCGGAGCUCUCGUGCUGGGAAGCCUGGGUGCCGGCGGAGCCGCCAUAGCAGCGACAGACGGCGGUUUGAAGACUGACAGCCGGCAUGUUAAGCGGCUGAUGCUUAGCGCAGAUGGGAUCGUGAGAUCGUCAAGAGCCGUGGGAACGUUCGCUAUUAACAGCAUCGACUACAAGGUGUCGGCAUUGACCAAUUCAUUGGAUAAGCUCAAGAAAGAAGCGCCAGCAGAAUAUGCACGGAUCCGGUCAGAGAUCCACCAGCGAUCAGCGGACAGGAUUCUGCGGCUGUGCGAGGCGAAUCGUGGAAUCUACAUCAAAGCAGGGCAGUUCAUUGCCACUCUGCAGCAGCUGCCUCGGGAGUACCGCACCACCCUCACUGUGCUGCAGGAUCAGGCUCGGGGCCGUCCGUUUUAUGUGAUUGACCGUGUGUUCAAGGAGGAAUUCGGCAAGAGUUCCAAGGAGAUUUUUGAGCAUUUUGAGGAGGAGGCGAUAGCAGCGGCAUCACUAGCGCAGGUGCACCGAGCAACGCUGCCGUCAGGGCAGCAAGUAGCAGUGAAGGUGCAGUCCCCACGUCUGGAGGAGCAGGUAGCAACGGACAUCUACACCAUGGGCUUUCUCUCAUCCCCUGCACCUCCCUCUCUCAUCCCCUUAAGCUUUUCGUCUUCAGGUGCAGUGCAGUACCCUCGCCUGGAGGAGCAGGUAGCAACGGACAUCUACACCAUGGGCUGGGUUAGUCUCCUUCCUGUCGGUUCGUUAUUCGCUCCCAGCCCACUCUUUCCCCACCUGCCUCCCUCCCCUCUCUCGUUCUCUCAGGUGCAAUAUCCACGGCUGGAGGAGCAGGUAGCAACGGACAUCUACACCAUGGGCUUUCUCUCGCGGGCUGUCAAAUGGAUAUUUCCAAACUACCAAUUCAGCUGGAUCGUGCCUCAGUUUCAGGAGAACCUUCAGCAGCAACUUGACUUUGAGAAGGAGGGGCGCAACGCAGAGCUGACAGCAGAGAACUUUGCGCACAAGGAGGAGGUCAAAGUGCCCAAGAUCCUGUGGGACUUCACCACCAAGAGAGUCCUGACAAUGGAGUUUAUGAACGGGUGCAAGAUUGACGAUUUGGAGGGGAUCAAGAAGCAGGGCCUGAACCCCCUAGAGGUGGCGGCGCUGCUGGUGGAGGUGUUUGCAGAGAUGGUGUUCUGCCACGGCCACCUGCAUGGCGACCCGCACCCGGGCAAUGUGCUCAUUCAGGCACACGCACCAGGCACCACCAAGCCUGGGCAGCGGAAGUUCGAUAUUGGUGAUCCUGCUGGACCAUGGGCUCUACAGGGAGAUGGACGACGGCUUCAGAAGGGAUUUCUGCCAGCUGUGGCGCCCACUCAUUCUGUCGGUCCCCUUUACCUCUCUCUCGCUCUCGUUCCCCUUCCUCCUGUCACAGUCCUCCUGGACCAUGGGCUCUACAGGGAGAUGGACGACGGCUUCAGAAGGGACUUCUGCCAGCUGUGGCGGUCGCUCAUUCUGACGGACAUGGGGGGGGUGCAGCGGUGGGGGGAGCGGCUGGGCGUGGGGGAAUAUUCAAGGUUCCUGCCUGCGCUCUUCACUGCAAGACCCUUCCAAAGCAAAACGCGGUGGGGGCAGCGCAUGUCACCAGAAGAGGAGAAGAGCCUGCGGAGGGAGAUCAAGGCCAUCAGCCCGCAGGACCUGACGGCGUUGGUGGAGGGGCUGCCUGAAGACAUGUUCCUGGUCAUGCGCACCGACAACCUCAUUCGGCAGCACAUCACAGCGCUGGGAGCGACGCCCAAGCUGAGGCUGCAGAUCAACGGACGGUUUGCUGUGGCAGGGCUGGCUGUACGGCACUCUGAAGAAGCGUCGUUGACAGCGGCGGCGGCGCUUGUCUUCUUGCACGUAGACAGCGCCGCAGCCGCCGCUGACGCUACCGCCGCCGCCUCAGCCGCCAUUGCUGGUGGCGACGCGGCUGCCGCCGCCACCACGUGGACCAAUCCCCUUCAACAGGUCGUGGCGGCGGUCGAGCAAGGCGGCGACGCGGCCGGACCGCUCGGCGGCGCCGUCUAUUUCGCCGCCGCCUACGCUAUCGCCGCCGUCCUUCUAGUCCCCGCUUCCAUCCUAACCCUCGCGGCGGGCUACCUCUUUGGAGCCGCGCGCGGCACGGCGAUCACUCUAAUCGCCGCGACGCUCGGCGCGUCGGUGGCGUUCCUCGUCGCGCGGUACGCGGCGCGGCCGUUCGUGGCGCGGCAGCUCGCGGGGCGGCUCGGGGAAGGGCGGUUCGAGGCGCUGGAUCGCGCAAUCUCAGUGGGCGGGUGGCGUAUUGUGCUGCUGUGCCGACUGUCGCCUAUUUUCCCAUUUUCCAUCUCAAACUACGUGUUUGGUAUCACAGGCAUCGGGUUUUUCGAGUACAUGGCUGCAUCCUCGCUCGGCAUGCUCCCAGCUACUUUUGCCUAUGUCUACCUGGGCGGAGCAGGCCGUGUGGCUCUUGAUGCGGUUACCGAUGCAACCGUAACCACGACUGCUGCUGCUGGUGCUGGGUCUGGGUUGGAUCCGGUGCAGGUGGGUUUGUAA